AUCAAAUUCAAAAGCGUUAUCUCAAAUGAAAAUACAUAAAUAGUCGGCAGCUUUUGAUAUACUUUUCAUUAAUUACGUUACAUUGAACCAACAAUAAGGCGAGUACGUAACACGCAAUACAAUGUUUAAAGUCACAUCGUUUCUGUGGCUGUUCGUUUUCGGCUGCAGCUCGGUGUCGUCCGAGUUAAUUUACAACGGACUGAGCAAUUCGUUCGAACCGGAUUGGUGGCAAUCUGAAAUCAUUUAUCAGAUAUAUGUCAGGUCUUUCAAAGACAGCAACGGUGACGGAAUCGGUGAUCUGAACGGUUAGUCGAUUUUUUUUUCCGUAUCUUAUUUCACCAAGAGGUGGUCUAGUCAAAAAGUAUGGAUUUGAUUCAUAAUACUAUAACGUAUAAUUCACAAUUUUCAAUCAAAUUAUUAAAAAUUAUCGUGUUUAACAUGCUCACAUAUUUUAUAAGUACCUAAUUCAUUUAUCUAUAUAUGCUCAUAAUAUUUAUGUCAUAUUUACAAGGAUAAUAUGAAUGCAAUAAAACACUCUAUUUACUACUAUUUCUUCUACACUAUAACAAAUGAAUAAUACAAUUACGAAAACCAAAUAAAACUCUCAAUAGAAUUUGUUUUUCCUUUCAGUAACUAAUAACAAAAAGGAAAGUGUAACUUAUUUCUAAGUGGGUAACUAAAAUCGAGUGGACAACCACGAAUACAACCAAAUUAUUUUGUUUAUGUGUAAAUAUGAUUUAUUCGUUUUCUUCGUUUUACAACGUUUGACAUAAACCGAUGAUAAAACAUUUUACAGUACCAAAACAAAAAUUUUAAUCGGGCUAUUAGAGUAAAUAUUCUUAUUAUUAACUUCAGUUUUUCUUUUUUUAUCUCCAUAGUAGGUAUGCGUAUGAAUAUCUCAGAAUUAUUGUAUUGUUUUUCCAAUUUGCUCAAUAAUAUUUAGUUAUCUUCGCUAUAUUUAGGCAAGUCACAGUUAGUUAAAAAAAAAUAUUCUUCAAUAUACAGAGGAUAUUUACGAUGAUCUACCACUUGAAAUAACUUUUAUUCGAUUCAAUAUUUUUGAUGCAUUUUUGUUCAAAUAAUUAGUAUGCAUCUGUAUUACAAUUUAAAUAUGAACAUAUUUUUUUUUAGGGUAAGAGAGGAUAGGUUAGGUUAGGGACUUAAAAUUAAACUAUAAUUUUUUUAAAAAAAUUAAAAAUGGCUAUUUUUAAAAAUAGAUUUGUAGACAAUUUUUAGUGGUUGAAACAUUUUGUCAAAGUAUGGUUUUUUAUUUUUGAUGUUUUUGUAAACGUGAAUAUUAUUCCUAUUGUGGUUAUUCUAUUACAAUAUAAUUUAAUCAGUUAUUAGUCAGGGCACAUGACAAGGACUUUAUUUUUUAUAAAUUAAUACCCUCUCAUCAUUACGAUAAAGGAUAGAGAUUAUUCUUGAAACAGUAAAUCAAAAAUGGUUAUUUAUUUUGAUUAACAAUAUUGUUAUGAUUAAAAAGAAAAUUAUUUAAAUUUCUAAAAAAUCGUAGAAAAUAAAAGACCAUACUUUGACAAACGUUUCAAUCAUCAAACAUUUUCUAAAAUGGCCAUUUUAAAUUUUUUAAAAAAAUUAUAUUAAAAUUUUGAAUUUUUUUUAGUCCCCUUCCUCUAAAAUAAAUGUUCAUAUAUUAACUGUAUAGCAGAAGCAUACUUAUUAUUAAAAAAAAAAAUUAUCAAAAAUAUUUAAUAGAACAGAAGUUAUUUUAAAUGGAAGAUUAUCCUGGGAUUCUCUGUAUAGAUACAUUUAUUAUUAUUAAGUUUUAAGUUAACUAACUUUUUACAAAUGAUAUUUUUAGAUUAAUUUUUGAAAAAUUAUGUUAAAUUGCAUUAAUAUUAUGUUAUUUCACCUUUCAUGCAACGAAAUGAUCAGUGCCUUGAUCUUUAAUAGCUAUAAUAUCUACAAUAACAUUUACGAAUGACAAUGUUAUCAUUUCGUUAUUUGUAUAGGCAUAAGAGAAAAAGUUCCUUACUUCAAAAGUAUAGGCGUUGGCGCGGUAUGGCUUUCGCCGAUAUUCCUCUCGCCACAAAACGAUUUCGGUUAUGAUAUAUCCGACUACAAAGAAAUCGAUCCAAUUUACGGUUCGAUGGCAGACUUUGAACGAAUGAGGGACGAGUUUCAUAAAAAUGGUACGUGGGUUUGAUUAUAAUAAUUUUUGCAAAAUAAUUUGAUUACGUUUUAAUAAUGAUUUAUAUUUAUAGGUAUAAAAGUGUUAUUGGACUUUGUGCCUAACCAUACGAGCGAUGAACACGAAUGGUUUCAGAAAUCAAUUCAGAAAGUUCAGCCUUUUACUGACUAUUACGUGUGGAAAGAUCCGAUUAUCGACCAACAAGGCAAUAGAACUCCACCGAAUAAUUGGGUGAGUUCUAUAUAGUAGUAUACUAAUAAUUCAUUCAUUUUUCGUAUUUUUUUUUUUUUAAAUAAUUUUAUAAAAUAUUAUAAAUCAAAACAAUGACCAUUGUAAAAUGUGUUAUAAUCACUUAUUUUAUUUUUAAACGCUGCACAAAAUUUGUCAAACCGUUUUUUACUAUCCCCGAAAAAACGUUUUCCAAAACAAAAACACACACACACACACUAUUCAUUCUGUAAAAGUAUUAGUUUAUUAAAUAUUAAUGCAUAUUUAGUAGGCAAUUACAAUUUCGAAAUUUAGCUACCACGAAAAUACUGUAAUUUUGUUUUUGUGGUGACUUAAUAUUUGUGUGGAAAAGUUAUGCGUAUUGGGUAGUAAUUAAAACUUAAGUGUGUUUUUGUUUUUGAAUGUAUGUAUACAGAUUAAUUUACUAAGCAAACACCAUUUGUUUGGUUAAAUUUUACAUAUAUUCAAAUUCUGAUUUUUGGAAUUUUUAAGUGUAUAGUUAAAGUCGAUACUUUCAAAUACAAUUUACAAAUACUAUGGUGAUACAAACUAGUUUUUUCAAAUGAGAGCCUAUAUUAUUAAAAAUUUUUAUUCAAAGGUUUUUAAAUGAUUUUAGAAAAAUGCCUUUUUCUAAAACAUUUACAGAACAUUACUCUAAAUGGGUAGUUCCUUAUAUAGUUUCCAUUAUAUCAAUUGGAAAACGGUGAUUCAAAAUAGUUGUUUUUUUUUUAGAUUUUCAAUGAAGAGAUGAUGCUUAUAGUUUAAUUCAAUAUAUUUUUUAAUAUCAUAAUUUCAAAAAAAUAAACAAAAAUCUAUUCUACGGGUUUUAAGCCGUGAAUUCUUAUUAUUAAUUAGAUUUGUUUAUUCGUGGAUUGUAUUUUAAAAGAAACAAUCAACGAAAUAAAGAUAAUAAAUAAUUUAUAAUUUUAUAAAUUUGUGUACCUUAAGAAAAUUUUCGUUAUUCCAGUUAGGCGUAUUCAACAGCGGAUCCGCGUGGGAAUGGAACGAAGAACGUCAACAAUAUUAUUUACAUCAGUUUCAAGUCAAACAGCCCGACUUAAACUACAGAAAUCCGUCAGUCGGAGAGGAAAUAAAGGUACACAUACUAUAAUUUCGAACGUUUGCAAAAACGUUGUGUUUGAUGAUUUAAAAUUUGAUAUAAUAUUACUUACGACGAAGAACACGCUAUUGUAUUGGCUGGGACGCGGCGUAGACGGAUUUAGAUUUGACGCGGUAAAUUAUCUGUUCGAACGAAAAGAUUUGGCGGAUGAACCAAAAUCGAACAAGAUCGGUUUUCUGGACACCGAUUACGAUUCGUUGAUCCACACCAGCACUCUCGAUCAACCGGAAACUUAUGAAAUGGUCGGAGUGUGGAGACAGAUGUUGGACAGUUACAGGACCAGCGAAAAGAAAACCAAGUAAACAAAACUCGUAAUUAAAUAAACAUUUCUGCAACAAAUACGUUUAUCCAAUCACGGCGCAUGCACUUCAAAAUUGGAAGAGAUUAAACAAAAUAACUACUGUUUUAAAACGAAAAUUUUUGAAAGUACUUUAUUUAUUAAAAUAAUUUCCCCUCUCCUCCUUCAAAAAAAAACUAAUAAAAAUACGAUGCGACAGCACGUGAUUUAUAAACUCCGUUUUUUUUUCUUUUAUAAACAAUUUCAUGAUUUCUAUAUAGGUUCAUGAUGGUGGAAUGUUAUUCACCUUUUGACAAAACAAUGAGAUACUACGGUAACCAGUCAUCACCCGGUGCUCAUUUUCCAUUUAAUUUUAUGUUCAUCGGCACUUUCGAUCAACAAUCCAACGCACCCAAAGUUCAUAAUAUAAUCAAAUCCUGGUUUGAGGGUAUGCCUAAUGGCAUGUGGCCAAACUGGGUGGUAAGUAAAUAUAUGUUUUAUUUGUUUAUCGUUUUUUUGGGAAGAGGUCCUCUUCUGAUUUUACAAUAACCUUACGUUGUUUUAUAAUCUAUUUUCAUCCACAAAAACGAACAAAACAAAUAAUGAUUAGAAAAAAAACAAAUGGGAAUAUUUUCGAAAAGUUUUAAGUAAACUAAACUGCAUAUUUUAAGUUACCUAUCGGCUACUGCGUGAAAUAAUUUGAUGUAAUUUAUUUACCCGUACAAAAUAGUGUUUUUCGAGAAAAAAAAACAUUUUGGUAAAUCCAAAGGCUAUAAAAAUAAAACAAUUAUGUGGAUUCCUAAUAGUAGUUAUCAAUAUACAUACUAUCUUAUUCAGCUGGGAAAUCACGACAACGCACGGGUGGCUACCAGGAGUAACCCUUUAUUGGUGGACGGGCUCCAUAUGAUUCAAAGCCUCUUGCCGGGCACUCAGGUGACUUAUUAUGGCGACGAGCUCGGUUUGAUCGAUACCAACGUCCGCUGGGACCAAACCGUCGAUCCAGCAGGUCUCAACGUGGGUCCUUACCGGUACACGAAGUUCAGUAGAGAUCCCGUUCGAACGCCGUUCCCGUGGGACAGUUCGUACAAUGCGGGUAAUAAUAAUGAUUUAUAAUAACGAAUCUAAAAUAUAAUCCAAAACGAUAAUAUUGAUUAUUAUUUGCGACUAUAGGCUUUUCUAAUUCUUCUCAUUUAUGGCUGCCCCUCAACUCCGAUUACUGGUUGAAAAACAUGGAAGAAGAAUCGAAGUACAAAAGCAAUCUAAAAACGUACAGACAAUUGUCAAAACUGAGGAGGAGCCCCGUGUUCGUAAAAGGCGAUAUGCAUUUAUACACCUUGUCUAAAUGGGUGUUUGGAUUUUCCAGGUACUUAUGUACAAUGAUAAACAAUGAUUAAUAUUAAACAUAGUAUUUUAGCUUUUAUUUCACCUAUUUUACCUUACCUUACUAUUAAUUUCGUUUUAAAAAAUCAUAUUUCGAAUCUACCGCGUUUGCCAAUGAUUUAAAAAUGAAAUAUCUUAUUUAUACAAAUUGUUUCUGAAAUAUUUUUAUCAUUUAGUCGCACUUUUUUUAAAUAUUUAUUUUCGUAGUUUAAUAUUCCAUCAUUUACAGUUUGAUUAAAUUUAUCAUUUACUUAAUUAAGAUUUUGAAAGCUCUAUAAAAAUGUUUGUGAUCCUUUUUGUCCCAUAUAUAUAUAUCGGAUCGUGAUUUAUUGAAUUUUGCGUAUAUUAAAAAAUCCUUUAAAUAUUUGGAUAAAAUACUUUACUCAAUAAAAAUUUAAACAUUAUACGUCACCAUGAAUAUUAAAAAUGUCAAUCUAUUAAUUUUUCGAAAAAUUACUUUUCAAUACAUAGCAGUAUAGAUAUGAAUUAUCUUUGUUGAAGUUUAUUACAAAAUGGUUACCUUAAGUUUUCAUUGAGAUACUCAAAAUAAAAUUGUUCUAAAUAAUGAAAAAAAAAAAUAGAAUAGAAUAGAAUCUUUUUAAAGUGAAUUAUUAUUUGAGAUAUAAUCUAUUAUCAUUCAAAUAUUUUGAAAAUAAAGAGAUUCUUUAUUAAAAAAAUAAAAGCUGUAAAAUAAAAUUACCCACAAAUAUAAUUAUAUGAAAAAAUCAGUACAAAAACGUUCAAUCUCAAAACAGAGUUUUGGAAUGGGUAUAUCUCUGCAAUUCUUACAUUGAAAAGGUUGAAAACUCGUGAUCAUUAAAAUCUAUUUAAAUUUAAGAGCAAAACUUUGUAUUAAUUAUUGUUAUUAUUAUUAUUAUUAAAUAAUAGCAUUCCGGAAUCAUCAAAAAAUACAUUUUCAAAUUUUAAAAUACUCUUUCUCAUAAAAAUUGUCCUAAAUGGCAUAAAACCUUUUUAUUCUCAAGUGGUAAGUAACGAAACUGUACCGAUUGUUGUAGGAGUUUUUACGACCAUCCGACGUAUUUCAUCGUGGUCAAUUUCGGCAGCGAAAUCGAAGUAAUCGACCUUUUGAAAGUUAGAGAUACGUUACCGCUGACAUUAAAAGUGAAAAUUUCUAGCAUAAACUCUGGUUACAUUACGGGGUAAGUGAGACAUGUUUAACAACAGUAAUUUUAUUUUUACAUUACUAUAAUAAUUAAAAUAAUUUUGUUUUAACUUUUAUCAUUUUUUUUUUUUUUAUUUUUUUAGAAAUAUAAUCCAUACAAAAUUCGUUGUACUCAGACCAAAAGCAGCUCUUGUACUCACAACAGCGAAGACCAAUUCAAAUUCAUAAGACGGGCCGGUAUUAUUAUAUUUUUUUUUUUAACUUAUAAUAAUUAUUGUUAGUAUUGUUGUUUAUUGUGCAUAUAUUGUAUAUUAAUUAUGAUUUGUUUUUUAUUAUAGCGUAGUAAUAUUAUAUUGAAAACUGAAUGUGGCUUAAAAAAAUUGUUACUACGUACCUAUACAACUGUAUUUAUAAUAUUAUAUUUUAGAACAAUAGACACUGUAUAAAUAAUAUUAAGUAAUUAAUUAUAUUUUAAGCACAUUUCUCGGUUAAAAACAUCAUGAAAACUAUUUUUUUUUUUUCUAUUAUUAUUAUUUUUUAUUUGUUUAUUAGAAUAAACGCUAGUCAGCUUUUUA